UUCCGCCUGUGUGGCUGUAAGUGAUUCUUCAUUCCAGGAGCGAGAUGAUCACAGCCGGAGAGGAAACGAGGAGCGAAAGCAGAGACACCCAUCGGAACCAGAACACAGGAGAGACAGGAGCGGUGACAGAGACAGACACAGAGACCACGCAGACAGAAGGAAGAACCCAAACGAACGGCCUGGGGUCCGAGGCCACGAGCGAGAGAGGGAUGUCCAGAACAUCCGUGAGCAGCAAGCAGAGAGGGAGUUUUACAACGAGAGAAGACGAGAGCAUCGACAAAACAACCAAGGCAGUGGUGUUGAGCAGAAACCAGAACUGGGGCAGUCUGAUAACAAACCUAAAGAAAAACCUUCUGUGAAAAAAGAGAAGCCGAGCUUCGAACUGUCGGGUGCGCUGCUGGAGGACACCAACACUUUCCGAGGUGUGGUGAUCAAGUACAGCGAGCCCCCCGAGGCUCGCAUUCCGAAGAAGCGCUGGCGCCUUUAUCCCUUCAAAAACGAUGAGUUUCUGCCAGUCAUGUACAUUCACAGGCAGAGUGCUUAUCUCCUGGGCAGGCACCGCAGGAUCGCAGAUAUUCCCAUCGACCACCCCUCCUGCUCGAAGCAGCACGCUGUGUUUCAGUACAGGCUCGUGGAGUACACCCGUGCUGAUGGCACCGUUGGCCGCAGAGUGAGGCCCUACAUCAUCGACCUGGGCUCCGGGAACGGCACCUUCCUAAACAACCAGCGGAUUGAGCCGCAGCGCUACUAUGAACUGAAGGAGAAGGAUGUGCUCAAGUUCGGGUUCAGCGGCAGGGAAUACGGUCUUCUCCAUGAAUCCUCGGAUAAAUCCGAGGCCAACACAAAGGACGAUGAUGAUGACGAGGAGAAGGAGGAAGAGUCGGACAGUUAACAGCUGAGGAGGGAAUGGGAAAGGGCAGGAGAGAGAA